UUAUAAAUUAAUUUAAUUCAAAUAGCUAAAAUGUACUGAUUUAUUGAAUGUAUAAAAUAACUAAAAACCGCAGGAAAUUAUUUAUGAGUUAAUACUCAUUUUUACUCGUUUUUGUAUCCGAAUAGCAUCUAACAGGUUAAGCGUGAGGUUUCAAACCAGCGCGAGGAAGAUCUUGACCAACCGACCUCUCACCGGAGCUGAUAAAACGUUUUUAUCGACUUAUUUAUUUAUUUAAUUAAAACAAAUAUCUUGCUAUUUAUAUCCGAACUGGUCCAAGAAUGAGUGUGAUACUUGAGUCAUCGUUCAAUUUUGGGGACAUUUUAAAAACGCCAAAAAUCUCAGUCAGGCGAGCAGAACUGAAACCAGAGGACCUGUUCAUCAAACUCAGGACAUUGCAGCAAGCCAAAAAGGACCUUGAAUAUGAGGUGAAGGAAACCAUGCUCCUGAGAAGUGCUAUGAAGGAGGAGGAUGAUGCCUUAACCACUGAAGCUCUACAAUUGGAAGGAACAUUAAAUGAAAAGGAAGAGUUAAAUAGAUCUCUGCUGCUGAAAUGUGAAGAUCUCCAGCAAGAGACCCAAAGGCAGCUUGAGCAAAACCAUCAGAAAGACGAACUGGUGAAGCAGUUCUGCUGUCAGAUCCAGGAAACCAAACUUAAACACAGAAAUCUUCGGAUGAAGUUUGAGAAUCAGCUCCAGCAGUUGAUGGAGCAGCACAAAAACCUGUCCACUGUCUUUGCUCCUCAGAGACUUCCAGCUGAGAUACAGUCUGCAGAGUACACAACUAAGCAGUUGCUGAAGGCUGAGCAGCAGAAGCUGGAGCAGCUAGCCUAGCUGGACAGGAUAAACCAUCCUCAGACUUCAAUGUUGCAAAUGGAUACUCCUGACCAAGCAUAGAUUGUAUAUUUUGAAUUCUUACGUAAGCAUCAUAUAUCAGUUCCUCCCUUUUUAUCUACAAAACAAUUUUGCAGCUUUACAGCAGCUCAUUAGAGAAGCACCUUAGGUGAUCCUUUCUCGUUCUCCGUAACCCACUGUGUUUCAACAACAAAACAUAAAAAUGAAUGGUCAAUCAAAUCACGACCAUAGCUACAAUAUAAAAGUUUGUCAACCAUUUAUUCAGAAUUCAUAUGACAAUUAAAAAAAAUGUAAACAUGUCUAAAUUACCCAAAUUUGUAUGUAUACACAUUCAUCAUUGGAAUGACUUUCACGUCUCAGCUCAGCAAUUGACUAGAAAGACUAUAAAUACCAAAUUCCAUCAAACACUUCAAUAUCCCUCAUUAGACCAGUUUCAAGUCUGCAUUGAUCAGUCCUAUGACACAUUUUAGUAGGGCGCUCUAGGAAUUAUUUGGUUUUCAGUAAUACCGUUCUGAGCCCCGUCCUGAGAACAUCUUUAUCAACAUCAUAUUUUACAAUUCCUCCUGAAAACACAGUGAAUGUACAUUUCUAGUUGGUUUUAAAUCAAUACACUGCAAGUUCUGAUUUAUUGUUCCUUGUAAUAAAACUUUUGCGUUUGGAGCCCA